CGCGAACGUGCGCUGUGUGGUCGGCGGGAAAGCUCGACGUUCCGAGCGUGUGGCUCUCCAUCCCGUCGUGUUGUGGUGUGUGCAUCCGAAGCCUGCCUCUCGAAGUCGUCGUUGUCCUCGCCUUCUAGAUUUCUGUUUCACCCCUCUAUCUCUGUAUUCGGAAGAUCACCACCGGCGUUAUCACUAUAUCUCAUUGUUCCUGCGCGCUGUUUAAACAGAAACGUUUGGGAAGGCAAGUGUUUGGUGGCGAAGACGCGGGCGUGGAAAAAGUGUGACAAAGGCGAAGAAGCCAACUACGUUAACAGGAGACGGUUGCGACAACGGUUCGGCAAGAGAGAGUAUCGUUGAAGAAGGGGGAACCCCGAAAUCAAUCUCUUUCCUCUUCUUUCCGCGCGGCCUGUCACGGAUCGAGCAGCAUCGCGACGAUCCGGCGGACCAUCGGCACGGAGGUGGUGACAGCUCGGCCUCUGGUGUCCCGAAGAAGAAAUUGAACGCCGCUGCUCUUUGGAGAGAGAUGACGUUUUGAGUGGAAAGCGGCGCGCGGCGUCGUUUCUUGCACCGAGCGAAGCAAGCGACCAGCACGUUUCUCCGUUAGUGACACGCGCCUGGUCAUCUCUUCUUGUCUGCUGCUUCAGCUGCCGAUAUGCUCCAGUGAGGAUGUGUUGAUAUGUGCCUCCCCGAACUCGGAUAUACCUAACGUCGGGCUGAAGGCGGCCGUCGUGUGCCCGCAUCGGCGGGCUCGCUCAAUAACGGCGAAAAGCCCGAGGGGGGCGCCCAUUGGCCGAUCCAUGACGGGCCGCAGCGUGCUGCGUGCGCAUGCGCGGAGGGAGGCGGCGGCACCUGGCGGAGGACACCAGCAUCAGCCGGCGGCGGCGGCAGCGGCGCACCAGGCUCGUGAGCAGCAGUCGCGGCACGGUCGCAAACUGAGCAACAUGGACUACUACGGCGCCGUGGCGCUCGUCUCCGGAUGGGCCUGUCUGCUUUACUGGAACACGCUGGACGCGGACUUCGCCUACGAUGACAGCCGCGCCAUCCGGAGCAACCAGGACCUGCUGCCGAGCUCUCCGCUGACGUCGCUCUUCCGCAACGACUUCUGGGGCACGCCGCUGACGCACAGCGGCAGCCACAAGUCGUACCGGCCGCUGUGCGUGCUCUCCUUCCGGCUCAACUACCUGCUCGGGGGCUACGAGCCGCGCGGCUACCACCUGCUCAACGUGCUACUGCACGGCCUCGUCUCGGCGCUGUUCACGGCGCUCGCCGCUCGCCUCUUCCUCAACCAAUGGCUGCCCACGCUGGUCGCCGGCUUCCUCUUCGCCUCGCACCCCGUGCACACCGAGGCCGUGGCUGGCAUCGUGGGACGCGCCGACGUGGGCGCCUGCCUCUUCUUCCUGGGCUCACUGUUGGCGUACGUGCAGUACUGCAAGUACCGCGACAAGGAGGUACACGCUGAGCGGCGAUGGGCGCCUCUGUACGCGUCGCUGGCGCUCGCCGGAUGCUCUAUGCUCACCAAGGAGCACGGCAUCACGGUUCUGGGAGUGUGCGCCGUCUACGACGUGUUCGUCAACCACAAGGUGGCCCCGCGGGACCUGCCGUCGCUGCUCGUUAGCAAGCGGCACCCUGGCCUGUGGGAGGGCCUGCUGCACCUGUGCUUCGCGGGCGUCACGCUGAUCGGCCUCCGGUUGCACCUGAUGGGCGCCCGGGCGCCGGACUUCGCGCCGGCCGACAACCCGGCCGCCGACAGCGACAGCUUCCUCACUCGAACCCUCACCUUCCUAUACCUGCCGGCGUUCAACUUCUGGCUCCUGCUGUGUCCGCGCUGGCUCAGCUUCGACUGGUCCAUGGAGGCCAUCCCGCUCGUGCAGAGCCUGGCCGACGCGCGCAACCUGCUGAGCGCCGCCUUCUACGGCGGCCUCUUCCACCUGGUCGCCUUCCUCGUGCGGCUGGCCAACUGGCGCCGCGGAGCCCCGCCCUGCCACUGCAGUGCCUUCCAGCCCAAGCCGGCCUCGCUGCUCGCGCUGUCCGGCGGCAAGUCGUACGGCAAGCGCUUCUCCAACAACAACAACUGCAACAGCUACAGCAACGGCCUGGUCUCCUCCUGGAGCUGCGGCAGCUGCUCGUCGGCCUCCUCGUCCUCGUCCGAGUGCUCCGAGUCGACGAACGGCGGCGGAGGUGGUCCCGCGGUCGCCAGCGCCCUGUCGAACCAGCAGCUGGACGCCACGGUGCUAGCGCUGGCCCUCAUGGUGCUGCCGUUCGUGCCGGCGACGAACUUGUUCUUCUACGUGGGGUUCGUGGUCGCCGAGCGCGUGUUGUACGUGCCCUCGAUGGGCUACUGCCUGCUGGUCGCCGUGGGCGCCGACCAGCUGUGCGGUUUCGCCCGGCGCGCUGCGCGCCAUGGACACGGUGGUGGUGGCGCCGGCAGCCACAGCAACAACGGCGAGACGCUGCGUAAGCUGGUGCUCGCUGCGCUCGUAGCGCUCGUGCUCGUGCUCUCGCUGAGGACAGUGCGCAGGAACAGGGACUGGCUCACCGAGGAGGACCUCUACCGGUCGGGCAUCCACAUCAACCCGCCGAAGUCGUACGGCAACUUAGCCAACAUCCUUAGCGCACACGGCAAGAAGGCCGAGGCCGAGUGGGCGUACAAGAAGGCUCUCACCUAUCGUUCCAACAUGGCCGACGUACACUACAACCUGGGAAUUCUUCUGCAGGAGCAGAAUCGUCUGGAAGAAGCCCUACAGAGCUACAAGCUUGCUAUCCAAUUCAGGCCGAGGCUUGCAAUGGCGCACCUUAACAUGGGCCUAGUCCUUGGCAUCAUGGGCAGGAAAGAGGAAGCCAUUGAAGUAUACCGGCACUGCGCCCAGUUGGACAGCGCGGGCCUCAAGGACCCCAAGACUCACGAGAGCACCAAGAUCUCGGCCCUCUUCAACCUUGGUAGGCUCUACGCCGACGAAGGCAAAUACAAGGAGGCGAUCAGAGUUUACCAAGAAGCGGUUGCCAAGAUGCCGGAUCAUUAUCAGCCGCAGUCCCUCUACAAUAUGAUGGGUGAAGCAUACUUCAAGCUCGGGGAUUUUUUCGAGGCCGAGCGAUGGUAUAAGGAAGCGCUCAAGGCCAAGCACGACCACAUACCAGCGCACCUGACCUACGCGAAGCUCCUAUCGAAACUGAACAGGCCCACGGAAGCGGAGCAGUGGUUCCUUCGUGCUAAGGGCCUAGCCCCAAACGACUCCAGUGUGUAUCAGCAUUACGGUCAGUUCCUGUCCGAGUCUGACCGACACAUGGAGGCUGCCGAACUUUACCUGCGGGCGGCCGCACUCGCGCCUGACGAAUACGAGAUCAUCUUCAACGCUGCCAACACGCUGAGGCAAGCCGGCCGGAAUGCUGAGGCCGAGGCGUUCUACUAUACAGCAGUGAAACUGCGACCCGGUGAGGUCACGAGUCACAUGAACCUCGGCGCCAUGUUGCACGUCAACGGGAAGCUGCUCGAGGCAGAGUCGAGCUACCUGGAGGCGCUUCGGUUGAAGCCGGACGACCCGAUAACGCAGAACAACCUGCAAAAGCUUCGAAACUUGCUUGCCCAGAAAGGGCUACGGGCUGCGACGACCACCACCAUAGUCAACAACCGGCGGUAGCGACGUCCGCGGAUAUCUCCACGGUAUUAAAGAAAAAAAAAAACAGCAGCAGCGCGAGGUACCGCCGGAACCGGAAACACCUCAGCAGCGCAUGCGCGCAGACGGCGCGUCUGACGAGACGACGACAACGCCAGAGCUACAUACAGCCUGCGGACACGUCCUAGCCGGUGGAAGGCUUCGUCUGCCGGAAAUUCGGCUGCCCCUCACCAAAGUUUCGUAUUGGCCUCCGAGAUCGGUGGGCGCGCUCGAGCGCACGUGGAUAUCGGAGGCCACGGUUUCGUCUGCGAACUUCUUGCUCCGCCGCCAGGAUUCGCCCGAAGAACUUUUUCGCCUGGCGAAGCGUCUCCGGCGGCGCGUCUCCAACGUGACAUACACCGUCUACGCUGCUCCCAGACGUGUUGUUUUAACGCUCGCUGGGUACUUUUGUUGUUGUCGUGCCGUUUCGAGGGUUUCGACCCUCGAUAUGCGGCAGAGAAAAAAAAAAAACAUUUUGUGUCCUACUACGUUGAUCGCAAACUGACUAUCGCCGUUUGAGUGACCGCACAGAGCCUAGUCAGUCCUAUCCUUGCCUCGCCCCCUUUUUUUCCAACCCUAUUAUUUAUAAUGCUUUGUUGUUGUUUCUUCCUCUCUCUCAUUGUCUGGCAAGCCAAUAGCAGCUCUGGAAGCGAGUGACGACAUUUGCGGCGCAGUUCUUACUGCACAGUGAGCCUUUGGAAAACGGAACUUUAGUCCCUCGUUGGCUUCUGCAUUUUCUUGUCGGUACGACAGGGAAGUUUUUAAAAAAAUGGCAGUGCAGUGAACACGUUACUUAGUCACUUGUGUGUCUGGCCGGACUCGAUGCAGUAUGAGUUGUUUCUUGUUUGUUUUUUUUUCCCUAGCCUGUCCUUGAAUGUACAUAUAUCGGGUUCAUUAUCGUGUUUAUAUCCCUCCCGGAAUAUCUGCUGCUUGCUGCCACACUUCGUCGAUUGCGUUAUAAACCUACGAGAAGCAGAACAGGUCUAGUCAAAGUGCCGACGCGCCGCCAUGGCUUGUCCGCUGUAAAUUACUAGCUCGCUUGGAUGGACCUUUCUUUCCUGCGUUUGUACACGCCUCGCAUUGUUUUUAUCUUUAUCUUUUUUUUUUUCGUGUGUGUGCGAACCCAAAGCCCACGUAUGCUCGUUGUGCUUAUUUACGAUAAGCCUCGCGUUUAUAAAAAAAAAACUUGAAGUGGGAGAACAGAUUGCCGAGAGAGAGAGAGAGAGAGAUCAUUAUCUUUUCCCUCUCUCUUCUCUGUGAAAGAACGGAAAGAGGAUAUAGAGAUGCGUGAGAAAAAAAAAAGAUAAAUCUAUAUAUUGAGUUGUGAUAACGCGUGUUUUUCGGUUUCUCCUUUUUCGGACGCAAUCGCCUGGCGCACACGACCAAACUUUUUGCUUCCAUGUGUAGUUUGACGGAAAGGACAUAGUAUAUAUAUAAAUAUUAUACAUAUACUUUUUUUUUUCUCGGGCACAUCCGUCGUCUUUGUGUACAGAAAAGAGGAAGCGAUGUAGGUAGACAACGUGCGGUUAUGCGUGAGCCGAUGUCACGCAUAAAUUUGUUUCAAAUGUCGGGAAACGAGAUCCCCUCUCCCUCCCACCUCCCCUCUUGGCUUCGAAAAUUCUAUCUGCUUUGGAUAAAAAAAAAGAAUAAAUAGAACACUAAACGUGUGACACAGUCAUUGCCCAGCUGUGACUGGCUGUUUGUGGGGUUUUUUUUUUCUUUAAACUUCUUUUAGUGUCAAGGGCAAAGUUGCUUUUAACAAAAGGCUGGCGAGCAUUCUAUAAAUUGGAUUCUAUAAAUUAUUUUGUGUUCGCGGCUCUAUUCGAUUAAGUUAAAAUCUAAAAUCUGUCAAUUCGCAGUGCGUUACGAUAGUUUAUUCAUGGUUCCGCGAUGACAACAGUGCAAGAAACAACCUUCAUUAUAAUUUUCUUUAAAGAUUUGUAAAAAAAAAAACAUUAAACGAAGAUAUGGAGUCUUUUCGUUGUAUAUUUAUGCUCUAUUCAAAAGCACCACCGAUUCACUAGCAGAAGCCACGCAGGUUGCUUUCUUUUCCUUUUUUUUUUUAAUGGAGAACGAGAUUUUUGUUUCAUAUUUUUUCGCCUAGUGAUAUUUUUUCUUUUCAAAAUGGCCGUCAAUUGUGCACUGAGGCUGAAAUUUCGAAUCUUGAAUCGCCGUUUCGCAAAGCUAUAAACAAGAAAACGCGGCCGUUUCACGUUAUGUAAAUAAUCGAAACCUGCUUCCGCAUUUUCGACGAGAGAAAAAGGAGCUCUCUUGACGUUGACUAUAUUACUAGAUAGUAUUACUUUUUUUUUUCAUCCAGUGGAGCGGCGGCGGAUGUUUGUUCACUCGUGAAGAAAUUCUAGGUCAUUUGACUACGUUGGAUUUCUCUGUGCUCGCUUUCUUUUUUCUCUUCCUUUUUUAUCGUGUGUAGGCGUAUGGCCGCAUCGGAACGCCCUGAGUGACGUUUCCCUUGUUCUGCCAUUGUAAUUACUAGAAGUGUGAGAGAUAAAAAGAAAAGAUUAAGAGGAAGUGAUAAGCCGCGGUGAUUUCUAUAGGCUGGUUGGGAGCGUAAGCAAUCUUUCUGGCCGCUUCUGUUCAACGAAGAACAGCCGGCCUAUUAACUUAUUUAUAUUUAUGGCAUCCAUUUGUUUGUUUUGUUUUGUUUUAUUUCCAUGCUCGACCAAUCACCAAGGUCUGGUAAACGCACGCCGGGAUUGAUGUGGUAUCUUUCGCACUACAAAACUGAGAUUGCUUUCUUUUUUCUCGAAAACAUGCGGCACUUGUGCCAGCAUUCUGACGAUAUGAACUUUUUUUUUAUUUGCAAUGUUUCGGUUCAAAACGAUUUUUUUUUCUUCCUGAGUGUGUGCUUAUGUGUGUGUGUCAUUCGAACCACCAAAUUUUGACCGGAAAUGUAGCACGUGACCACACUUUCUUUUUUUUUUCACUCUGCACAGUGUGUUACAGGGACUGUUACGCUUCCUUUGUAGAACAUUUGCUGACGCGUUGGGAAGAUUGCGUUGCGCAUUGUUGCGGCCUGCGCGCCCACAGUCAUGAACCUAUAAUUUUUCGAAAUUCUUUUCGACUUAACGGAAGAAUUUUCCCGGCCUACCUAGGAUGUACCCUUGCCCACAUAUACAGUAAUGAAAAUAUUUUAGGAAAACGAAUUGCGGAAUCGGCUAAAAAAAAGUAAAACUAGAGCGUCAACUUGUCACCCUCAAUACUUGGUGUUAAAAAUCACCGGCUGCUUUGUCGUACGUGACAGAAGGAAAAACCAUCUUGCAAUGCUUCUCCUUCUAAGUGCAGAAAACUUCGGAGGUCAUAUUCGUGAGCAGUCAUUUUAGGUGACGUCAUCUUUAGAUGCACAAUAAUUGCACAAAAUAGCGAAGAGCGCCUCUCUAUCCAGAAAUCAUGCUAUACGCUAUGUCACUCACAAGAGUUGGCACUUCGGGAAGUGGUUAAUUGCGAUUACCGUUGCAGGUUGGAGUAGGCUUGUUACUGAAAUGGCUAACAUUAACCUGUGCUCUGCGGAGUGUUGGCGUUUCCGGCGUUGUUUCUCGCAAAUGAAAGAUCCGUUUCUACCUUUAAAAAAUAAAGCAAUGAGACGGCAUUUGAAACUUCAACGAUUCCUUCCCUUCUUGUCUUUGUUCUUGUAACGUUAGGCAUAUUAGGCAGUUUUAGAUUAUGUUACGUAAAGCUUUGCGUUAGCGUUUAUCACCACUGCGCAUGCUUCGUACGCUAUCCCCUUGGGUGACGAAAAUGGCGGACGUACUCCACGAACGCUAUCAUUGCGUAUGCUAUUGUAAAACUUUUGUGGGUCUCGUGACUUUGGGUGAACAGGACACGCAGUCUUUUGUUUUUCUCUCCUUUGUGACCCUCAAUGCAGAGUUUGUUCUAUACAAAACACUUGGCACGAGUUCUCGGUUUGUUUUUCAUUUCGCUUGCUGCGCCCAUCUGUAUAACCAACCACGUGCGUCGUCCCACGAUGACGCCUGUGCACGCUGCGUCAAGCCGGGCGCACGAAAGCCAGCGCGUGCCGAAAAAAGAAAAUGUUAAAAAUGAUGAUGAUAAUAAAGAGAAAUGUUAUUAAACUGGGAAUGAACGCGCACGUGUAAUAAGAUUUAGGCUUUCCUGAAAAAAGUUCUGUACAAUACAUUAAGAUAUUUACAAAUAAAUUUUUGAAGCUAAAGACUUCGAAU